AUGCCGAUUAAAAGAGUCAGCCAGAUGCAAAAUCUAAAGAUGUCGAAAGCGGGGGGGAUUUAUGACCAUGUUGAUAUGGAUUGCUGGCACGGAAUGAUACCGGAUGAAGACACUGCAAUGCUGCUAAAGAAUAGCGGUGACUUUUUAAUGCGAGCUGUGGAACAUGAUCGUGGCUAUAAAAUCACAUUGAGUAUUCGAUGGGGUAAUCAAGUUGUCAAUUGUGAAAUUGUUCCUGGUGUGCAAGGCGGUUAUGAGUUCCAAGGAAAACACUUUUGUCAAGCAAAGGAUUUAAUCGAUUCAUAUCAGGUAACAAAGCGUUUCUUGACGGCAAAUGAUACUGUGGUGACACUUGAAACACCAAUCCGUCGUCAACGUUGGGAAUUGCAGCACAAGAUGAUAAGGUUAGGUAAAAAAAUUGGCAACGGAUCAUUUGGUACUGUUUACAAGGGAACUCUUACUAUCGGUAUAGAAAAAUCGAUAACGGUAGCCGUAAAAGAACUUACUGAAAUGACGGCUGAAGCAAGUAAUGCUUUGUGGAGAGAAGCAAGGGUAAUGCGAAUGUACGACCAUCCAAAUGUAGUAAAAUACUACGGAGUAGCAAAUGAUUAUACGGAAAGGGAAAAAGUUGCGGCGAAAGCUCGAGCAAAGAUUUUGCAAGAAGCAGCGAUUGGCCUUGAAUAUUUACACCGCCAAAAAUGCUUGCAUCGCGACAUCGCUUGUCGAAAUCUAUUGAUUGGUGAGAAUGUCAAAGUAGCUGAUUUUGGCAUGACAAGACAUACAAAAAUUUACAAAAUUGAUCCUAACAAACCACUGAAUUUGCGUUGGUUAGCACCGGAAGCAUAUGACAAAGGAAUCGUUAACAAAGCAACGGAUGUUUAUGCUUACGGUGUGACAAUGUAUGAAUGCUAUACAGUACCAUACUGCAUACCAUACAAGGAAUGGGAUGCAGAUGAGGUAUAUGAUAAAGUUGUAAUAGGAGGUUACCGAUUACAACCACCUGAAAUGAUGCCUCAGGUGCUCGGUGAUUUAAUGAAGGAAUGCAUUGGACCUGAGAAAAACAGACCAACAUUUAAAGAGAUUGUUGUUGUGCUAAUGUCAUAUUUGGACGAUAAAUUAUAA